GAGGGAAUAUAUAAAAGAAUAAUAAGAGCGAAUAAUAAAAAAAUCAUCAUAAACAAAAGCCAUCACCUCCCCCAUCCCCCUAUCUUUUCUUCUUCAUCAUCCUCUCUCUUUAUUUCUCUUUUUCAUUUGCUUUCUUGGGCUCUGGUAUUCCCUUUGGGUGGAUUCUCCACCUUAUUUUUCCUAAAGAACCCAUCCACUUUUAUUAAAGAAAAAAAAGAAAAGUUAGCAAAGAAUUAUUAACCAUGGUUUUCUCAUCUCAUGUUCCAAUCUAUUUAGAUCCUCCCAACUUGCAACAGCAUCAACAAGGAAAUGGCAGUGAAAACCCUGAUCAGUUUUCACCUCUUCCUCCUCCACCUCCUCAUGUUGGAGCUGGUGGUCCAGCCUCCAUUAGGCCUAGUUCUAUGGCUGAUCGAGCCAGGCUAGCCAAGAUUCCACAGCCAGAAGCUGCUCUGAAAUGUCCACGUUGUGAAUCCAGCAACACCAAAUUUUGUUACUUCAAUAACUAUAGCCUCUCACAGCCACGCCACUUUUGCAAGACAUGUCGACGGUAUUGGACUAGAGGAGGUGCUCUUAGGAAUGUUCCAGUAGGUGGAGGAUGCCGAAAAAACAAGAAAAACAAAAGCAGUAGCUCAGAACCCCCAGCGGAGAAGCAAACUGGAAAUUCAAACUCAAAAAAUAGUGUUGUUAUUCCUACUGAAAUCACUGGUCAUUUGCCCUUCAUGGCUUCUUUGCAAAAUUUUUCUCAGUAUGGUGUGGGAAAUAUCGGGUUAAACUUUGGUGGAAUUCAAGGGGAAACAAGUGGAGCUAGUAGGCAAGCUGAUAUGGGGUUUCAGAUAGGAACUAACUCGGGCAUGAGCAGUGCUGGUAUUUUAUCAUCGUCAUCAGGAGGAGGAGGAGGAACUCACCAGCAUCAACAGUUCCCUUUCUUUGAUCCAAGUAAUGGUUUAUAUGCAUUUCAAAGUGAGGGUAUGGAAGGAUCAUCAUCCAUGGGGGGAGAAAGCCAGCUUCUUCGUUCCAUGAGUCCAUGCUCUAGGGCUUCUCAUCUAGCUCCAGUGAAAAUGGAAACCAACCAUCAAGGGCUAAAUCUAUCAAGACCACAGUUAGGUGUUUCGGAGAAUAAUCAGUACUGGGGAGGAAAUAGUUGGACGAAUAUAUCAGGUCUCAACUCUUCUGGUAGUACUAAUCAUCUCUUGUAGCUAGUUUCAAUCCUCCUUGACUUACAGCAGCUUAAGCUGAUCUUCAAGUUCCAGCUGCAUGCUUCCAGUUAUAUCACAAGAUUCACAACAGCUUUAGUGACAGAUAGUAAGUUGACAUAAAGAUGCAAUGUUCCUUUGAUCACCUUUUACAAGCUCACAAGUUCCAACAUCAAAAUAUUCAAAUUACUAAAUAAUGGAAGGUGAAAUUGCAAGGUUCAGUCAGGAACAUGUCUCAUCAUCAUCAUCAUCUAAGGAAGGAAAACCUUAAGAUUGGUAGAAUUAAUGUUGUGUCAUAUAUAAUAUAUAUAUAUAUAUAUUGGGUUUUCUUGAUCUAUGUGUUCCUUUUUCUGGUUGCAUGGGCUUGUAAUUUCUUUUGUGUAUGAAGUCAUGGGAUCUGUUAAUUGACAUGACGAGUUAAUUUUCUUUCGUAA